AUAACCUAAAAAUUCUUUUCAGAAGUGUUUCGCGUUCAUUUUCUCACUCGUGUCUUUUGGUGAACGUAAGUACACAAACACAACAUGUCGUCGAAAGUAUCGAAGGAUACGCUGUACGAGGCCGUCAACGAGGUGUUGAGCCAGGCCAAGAUACACAAGAAAAGAUUCUUGCAAACAGUCGAAUUGCAAAUUGGUCUCAAGAACUACGACCCCCAAAAAGACAAGCGUUUCUCCGGCACCAUCAAACUGAAGCACAUCCCUAGGCCAAAGAUGAAGGUGUGCAUUCUUGGUGACCAGCAGCAUUGCGACGAAGCCGAGGUAAACAAGGUACCGUUCAUGGACGUUGAAGCCUUGAAGAAGCUCAACAAGAACAAGAAGUUGGUGAAGAAAUUGGCUAAACGAUACGAUGCAUUCUUAGCCAGCGAAGCUCUUAUUAAACAAAUCCCACGUUUAUUAGGACCCGGUUUAAACAAAGCGGGCAAGUUUCCUGGUCUUUUGUCCCAUCAAGAAUCGAUGAACAUGAAAAUCGAUGAAGUUAAAGCCACCAUUAAAUUCCAAAUGAAAAAGGUAUUGUGUCUGUGUGUUGCUGUUGGUCAUGUUGACAUGAAAUCCGAUGAAUUGGCUCACAACAUUCAUCUUUCUAUCAAUUUCUUAGUUUCGUUGUUGAAGAAACAUUGGCAAAACGUUAAAUCACUACACAUCAAGUCAACGAUGGGAGCCCCACAACGUUUGUACUAAUGUGUAAUUCGAUUUUUAAUUUUUUAAAUAAAGACCACAUUAAUUUCAAAGU